GAAUAAUGUAGAACUCAUAUGGUACUGUCUUCGAAGAGAAAGAGAAAUGACGUGAAAACGAAGGAUUUGUUCUAGUCAAUGAUGAAAAUUGGAGUAUGGUGGUACCAAAGUAUUAUAUAAAGAGACAUACCCUUCAUGAAGCUAGAACAAACCCUCACACAAGAUAAGCAGCGCUGGUUUACUAGCCCUGUAACUCAAGUCAUCUUUAAAAAAAAAAAAUCUUCUAAACCAACAAAAUAGAAGACAAAAAAAUGGAAAACGCUUCAACAGUGAGAUUCUCUAGCUGUCGAGGAGUUGCGUUUGAGAUAAAACCUCAUGCAAACCCUUUCGCUAUCGACACAACUGAUCAAAAACGCAACGCAAACGCUGUACCCGAAAGUAGAAGGUUUCAACUUCCAUGGGAUUUCAUGCGAAACGCCUCAAAAGUUUUCCCUUCAUCGAUGCAACACUCUAUGAGCCGAGCCAGCAGCCAUUUCUGCGACUUGGACUCCGACAACGACGAGGAGGAGGAAGAAGAUGAAGAAAGAGACAGUCUUUACUAUUUAGAAGAAGGUGGAAUCAAGGAAGGAGACGAACAACACAGUGAAAACGACGAGAAGGCAAUCCUUGCUUCUUCCGCAAGCAAACACAGUGAGAAACCGCAGCAAACGCCUAUUCCAAAGAAACGCGCUUCAAGACUAUCGAUCAUACUUCUUGAUCAAGGCUUAUUCACCGUUUACAAACGCCUCUUCAUCAUUUCAUUGUUUCUAAACGUCCUCGCUCUCGUUCUCGCAGCGACAGGACACUUCACUUACGCAAGAAAAAGAGCAUCUCUGUUUUCAAUCGCAAACAUUCUUGCCCUAACUCUCUGCAGAAGCGAAGCCUUUUUGAGACUUGUGUUCUACCUAACCGUGAACAUCCUCGGACACUCCUUUGUCCCUGUCCGAAUCAAACUCGCGGUCACGUCGCUCUUACAAAGCCUAGGAGGUAUCCACAGCGGAUGCGGCGUUUCCUCAAUCGCUUGGCUCGUUUACGCUUUGGUUCUCACUCUUAAAGACAGGGAUAACACUUCAACAGCGAUUAUUGCUGUUGCGUCCGCGAUUCUCUCUCUCCUCUGCCUCACUUCCUUAGCCGCGUUUCCACUUGUUCGUCAUCUACACCACAACGUUUUUGAACGUGUCCAUAGAUUCGCUGGCUGGUCCGCUCUAGGUCUUGUCUGGGCGUUUAUAGUUCUCACAAUCUCCUACGAUCCAGUAACAAGAACUUACACUGAUGGUCUCGGCUCGAAGCUGAUCAAAAGGCAAGAGUUUUGGUUCACGUUAGCUAUCACGGUCUUGAUUUUGCUCCCUUGGUUGACUGUGAGACGUGUUCCGGUGGAUGUAUCAUCUCUCUCGGGCCAUGCCUCGCUAAUAAAGUUUAGAGGAGGUGUGAAGGCAGGGAUCUUGGGUCGGAUCAGUCCAUCGCCGUUGUCGGAAUGGCACGCUUUUGGGAUUAUCUCGGAUGGGAAGACAUCUCACAUGAUGUUAGCUGGUGCUGUCGGUGACUUUACAAAGUCUUUAGUCUCAAAACCUCCGAGUCAUUUAUGGGUCCGUACGGUUCACUUUGCUGGCUUACCCUAUCUGAUUAACUUGUAUGACAAGGUAUUACUUGUGGCGACCGGUUCGGGAAUUUGUGUAUUUUUAUCGUUUCUCAUGCAGCAGAGUAAGGCCGAGGUAUACCUGAUAUGGGUGGCUAAAGGAUUAGAUGAUAAUUUCGGGUCGGAGAUUGUGAAUAGGAUUAGAGAUUAUCCUCAUCAAGACAAGAUCAUAGUUCACGAUACUGCGAUUCUAGGACGACCGAACGUGUCUGAAAUGACCGUGAACGCUUCCAAGAAGUUUGGAGCUCAAGUUGUGAUUGUUACGAGCAAUCCUGAAGGAAGUCGUGACGUUGUUAAUGCUUGUAAGGCUUCUGGCGUUCCUGCUUUUGGUCCCAUUUGGGAUUCUUAGAUUACUAUUUCAUUUAUCUUUUCUGAUAAUUUAUUCUUUGUCUCGCAUGCAAAAUGAUGUAAAAGAUUUGUGUUUUCGUAAUUAAUAUAAAUGAAUCCUACUAAGAUUUAC